AGCCGUCGCCGUUCCUUUAUUAGUCGGCCUAAAGUUCAAGUUUCUACUACUGUGCCAGUCUGUGUCCCGAACACUGGCCAAGAAUCCACACACACACAGCUGGCACGGCUCAAGGCAAGCAGCCUUCCAUGAACGACUGCGCUUCCUCGUCAACUCAACCGACCAGCCAUCCGCAUCAUCAACCUUCGGCCAACCCUUCGAUCAGUCGCCCGCUUCCACUCGCAUCAACCACAACCAUUUUUGCCUGGAUUGUCUAAAUACGCUCGGCGCAUCAAAUCCCGCCCACGAUGAAUCCCGAAUACGACUAUCUGUUCAAGCUACUGCUCAUCGGCGAUUCUGGCGUCGGCAAGUCUUGCUUGCUCCUACGCUUCGCCGAUGACACCUACACAGAGUCCUACAUCUCUACCAUCGGCGUUGACUUUAAAAUCCGGACGAUCGAGCUCGAUGGCAAGACGGUGAAGCUGCAAAUCUGGGACACUGCCGGCCAAGAACGGUUCCGCACCAUCACAUCGUCCUACUACCGCGGUGCCCACGGCAUCUGCGUCGUCUACGAUGUCACCGACAUGGACAGCUUCAACAAUGUCAAGCAGUGGCUGCAGGAGAUUGACCGGUAUGCCACCGAGGGUGUCAACAAGCUGCUCGUGGGCAACAAGAGCGAUAUGGCGGACAAGAAGGUGGUCGAGUACACAGUGGCCAAGGAAUUCGCCGACAGCCUAGGCAUUCCCUUCCUCGAGACGUCGGCCAAGAACGCCAGCAACGUCGAGCAGGCCUUCCUGACCAUGGCUCGCCAGAUCAAGGAGCGCAUGGGCAGCAGCAUCGCCACCAACAACACGAAAGCCAACGUCAACGUCGCGCCCGGCCACGGCGUCUCCAACAACCAGUCCGGCGGCUGCUGCUGAGCGACGGCUUACCGCCUCUCUGCGCCAUUUGAUGUUGCUGCUCUCGGGUGUUUUACGGUUUCUUGCAUCGGAUGGGUUCUUUGUUUCGGACACUAUGGGGCGUGGUUAGAUCUGCGUGGGAAUGGUCUGAGAACGGGGGAGAUGUCCUUUGGAUGCGCCGACGGUCGGGAUUUCCGUCGCUUGGGUUUCUCACUUCUGCGUUAGUCCUUUGCGUGAGGUCUGGGAACCCAAUCUCGGGAACUCCAGGGGUGUUGUGCUUUCUAAGGGAACCGGAAACCGGGUAGACGGGAUGGGAGCCCCGGGCGGCACCGGAGCCGAAACACGACAGACCGGGCCCAGAGCACGAGUUGUUCAUCUUUCCUUGCCGCACUACCCACCGCUGGCUUACUAGUACUACUUACAGCUUGUGUCUGUGUAUUUCCCCCAUCUUGGUCAUAACUGGGUCUGUUUUGUUUAUUGAUACACCGCCUUCGUUGACUCGACCUUUUUUUUUAUUUGAUCCUUGCCUCUCGGCCUUAUUUUCGCUC